AUGGCAGCACGCGAGACGAGCACAGACAUCCGGAAGUGCGGCAAGCUCGCGGUAGUGCUGAGCAGGCUGUUUUUUUGCUUCCUUGUACGAGGCCGCGGAGGACGGAAUAAUCUGCAAGACCAGAUGCGUCGAUCAGUAUCGAGAUUGACGACGCAAUUGGAUUCGGAUCGCAUACGUAGGAUAGUGGAGGUCGAUGCGGACGUCGUGGAGGGAGAGACGGAUGACGUCAGUGCAGCGGCUGACCGUGUUCAGCGCGAAGAUGAACUGGUAGAUAAUUUCUUGGGCAAUCGCGCAGCACAUCCGUAUGUGAAGCUGUAUGCGAGGAGUGGAUAUGUCGUACUCUAUCUGAGAGAAACAUAG